GAGUUGCUCCAAGAGCCAAGAUGAAUGAACAGCGCAGUAGACGGUUUAAAGCAAUAUGUGUUGGAUUUGACACAAACUCUGUUACACCAGGAACGACAUUUAUGGAUAAUUUUUCAAGUUAUUUUAAAGAAUUCAUUCAUAACAAAAUUAAAAAUGAUGAUACUUGGAAAUGUGUAAAAAUUAUAUACUCGGGCCAUGACGUGCCAGGCGAAGGAGAGCAUAAGAUAAUGAAGUACAUUCAUAAUUCUGAAUCAAAAUCAGAUUGCAUCUACGGAAGGGAUUCAGAUCUAAUUUUAUUGGGGCUUUUGCAUUAUAAACCAAAUCUUAAAAUACUUAGUAGUAAUGAAUUUUUUUUACCUGGCACCAACCUAAAUCCUUCAAAAACUUUUGAAUUAAAGUUCUUAGGAACUUUACGUAAAAAAUUAACGGAAGAAUUUUUCAAACUUUGGGAACCUAAGCAACUUUCUUUUGAAUUUAAAAUUGAAAGCAUAAUAAAGGAUUUUAAUUUAUUGGUACUUUUUAUGGGUAAUGAUUUUAUACCAAUGUUGCCAAAUAUUAAUGAAGGGCUUGAUUUUAUUAUUCCGACUUAUAAAGAGAUGCUAAAGGAAAGUGGAGGUUAUAUUAACGAUGCUGGAAACUUAAAUGUACGAAGACUUGAAAAGAUUUUUGAGAAAUUGAGCAUUCGUGAAAAAGAAUUGUUCAACCCAAAUAAAUUAAUUGAAGCAGAAAGUGAGAAUGAAGAAUUUCUUAGAUGGAAACAAAAAUAUUAUAGGAAUAAGAAAAUGAUUAAAGACGGCCAAGAUCAAAAAAAUUUAGUUAAAUCAUACAUUGAAGGGCUACAAUGGGUACUUUCUUAUUAUGAAGGUGAAAUAAAUUCUUAUAGAUGGUUUUACCCUGAACAUCAUUCGCCACUUAUAUCAGACUUGGAAACUAUUAAAAUAAAAAAUUUUGAGAGUGAAGAUUACUAUAAGCCUUUUGAACAAUUAAUGUUUGUAUUGCCUCCUAGAAGCAAAGAGCUUUUACCAUUUUAUACUAUCGACGAGAGUAAAACCGAUAAACUUCCAUUUAUUAACGAACAAGCACUACUAUCUGUGUUAAAAUCUGUAGAAAACAAAUUGACAAGUGAAGAAAGACAGAGAAAUGUAUUUAAAGAUGCAAUCAUUUUUGAAUAUGAUAAUUCAAGCAAAGAAGCCAAAAUGAGUGC